AUGAGCACGGUGCAAGAGCUGGAAAACGCCAAGAGGGCGAGCGACCUGAGCAGACAGAUCACGCGGCGAUGGAAGGCGGGCGAUGUGUAUGCACCGCAUGAUCUCAGCGCCGUGGAGAUGGCAAAGUGGAAGAGCAGGGGCAAGCCCACGCACGAUGUCUUUGAUGUCUUGGAUUUUAACCCCCUUGAGCAUUAUAGGAAUUUCUCGGUCUUGUCCGAGUACAUGACACCUAUGGGCCGGAUCAAGCAUUCCAACGAGACGGGUCUGAGAGCCGUUAACCAGAGGAGGAUGGCGAAGGCCAUACGGAGGAGCAUUGGAAUGGGAAUGAUGCCUAGUGUUCAUCGACACCCAGAGAUCUUGCAAAAGAUUGCGGUUCGGACAGAGCAGAUGAGCCCGCUGACAAAGGGCCCUUAUUUUUGA